AUGUCGGACUCAUCUGCCGAAAUUGCUCGUCUUUCUUUUAUUUCUCGAGUUCUUUUUGCAUCUGGUGGAUUACCAAUACUUAUCUUUGGAACAAUAGGUAAUUUCAUCAAUUUAUUCGCUUUUAUUUGUUUUUCACAAUUUAAUAAACUACCAAUUUCAAUUUUUCUUAUCGCAUCGUUUAUUUUCAGUCAAUUUACUCUUACUUUUUCUUUAAUACCUCAAUUAAUCUAUCGAAUUAGUGGUUAUGAUCCAUUAAGUGGGUCAAUCUUUUUGUGUAAGUUACGAUAUUAUUUUGGUCUAUCGAGUGGUACCAUUGCAUUGAAUAGUAUUGGUUUGGCUGGCCUCAGUCAAUAUCUCCUCACAUCACGAAUAGUACGCUUACGUCAUUUAAUCACUAGAAAAUUAACUUUAUUAGUUGCGUUUUCGAUGAUUUUAUUUUUUGGAUUACUAUUCAGUCCAGUCUUGUUUUUCUAUACGCAUACAACGAAUUCAGCGAAUGUUACUAUUUGUACUACAACCAAUGCGGACUUCACUGCUUAUAAUGGUCUUAUUGUUUAUAGUUCAAUACCAGUUAUUGUCUUGGUAGUAUCGUCGGUGCUUACGUGGCACAAUGCUCGAAGUCGUUUAGUACAAGGUGGAAAUUUACAACAAAAUUUAGCUCGUAUGUUAAUUAUUCAAUUUAUUGUAGUUCUUCUAACAACAGUACCGAAUUUAUUCAAUCAAAUCUAUGCUUUAUCGACAAGAACUGUACCAAAAAAUGCGAUUCGACAAGCUCAAGAAAACUUAUUAUCUUCUAUUCUAGGUGUAUUAAGUUUUAGUACUUUUGGAGCUUCAUUUUAUAUUUAUAUAUUUGCAUCAAAAGCAUUUCGUAACAAUAUCCGAAGCUUAUUUCAUAUUCACAAUCGUCGCGUUCAACCAGAAAACGAAAUGGCACGAUUAGAUCAAGGUUAA